UUAAAAUGCUUCCCUUUAAAAAUAUAACAAAAUCUUACAAUAUUAAUGAAACCAUUUUAGAUUUGCUUAUUAAUGUGUUUGACAAUACGAUUAUUAUUACAUUAACAGAAUUUUCAAAAAUACAUACAAUCAUAAAAAUAAAAUCAACGGAAUACUCAGAAGUUUUAGAUCCAAUUAUUCUAGCAGGAAAUGAUAAUGUUGAAUACACAAUGCUCUCUACUUUGCUAUAUCGAAGGCUACAUACAUUAUUUAAUUUUAAGCAAGAUCUUCUAUUUUGCUUUGCUUUAACACAUAUUAAUAGGGAAAACAUUAAAAUAUAUGAAUCAAUAAUAAUUGAAUCUUUACCCUCUUUAUUAUAAAAUGAAUAUUAACUUCAACGAAAUUUCAGAUAUUGUUGAGAUUUGGAGAAAUGCUUGUGAAAACGGGCAAAAAGCUUCUCGAAUAUGGAAAAAUAAUCAAAAAUUAAUAUGGUCCAUUUAUUUAAAAUUAAUAAAUCACUAUGAAAAUAAUGAAAAAAUUAGUGAACAUGUUUUGGCUUUACAAAGGUUAUAUCAAUUUUUUGCAAAUAUUUUCUGCAUAGUAAAUACUGAAAACAAUGUUCCAUCAUAUUUUUGCUGGAGAUCAAAAAAUAUAAUUACUAAUUGUGAUAAAAUAAAUUCAAAGCUAUGUAAAUAUGUGAAUGCUGCUUUGUUUAAUUACUAUUUUAAUUUUAUGGAAGAUGACAGUACACCUUCAGAUUAUAUUUGUGAAAUAGAAUAUGUCAAUUAUAUUUUCACUCAAAUUGAAACUCAGGAUCAAGUUUUUGAUAUUUAUUACCAAAUGGACUUUGCUCAAAAAAUACUAGCUCACUCAAAAUUUUAUAUCAUUUACCCAAUGUUAUUACCCAUAAUCAAAAAUCAUUUUAUAAAACUAUAUAUCUCUAUGCUGAAUUCUCAAGAAAUGACUAAAGAUUUAAUGGACAAAUUAACUACAAGUUUUGUUAUGGGCAUCUUGAAAUAUUUACCUCAAGAAUAUAAUAAAUUUAAAGAAUUGAAAAAUAGAAAUUCUCAACUUGUAAUUCAAGAUUAUUUAUCAGCAAUAGACAAAUCCUGUUAUAUUAAGAAUUACUUAGUAUUUUUUGCUUCACUAUCUUCACAACACUAUUUUAAUAAAUGGGAUUCUUUUGAAGAAUUUGUUUGGAUACUAGACUUUUUAAAUGAUUUAAAUCAUGCUGACCCAUCUAUUUCAACAAUAAAAGAGUUGGAUAGACUGAAAGAUCUUUCUAAUUAUGAACAUCCUUUAUCAAAUAUUAAAACACUGAUAGUCCAAAUAUUGGCCAAUAUAGCAUACACAAAUCCAUUGUUACAAGCACAAAUUAUCCAAAAAGAUGGGUUGCAAAUUAUACUGGCGAGCUCAAAAUUUGAUCAUCUAAAUCCAUUUAUUAGUCAAUGGUGCAUUUUUGCUAUAAGAAAUUUAUGCGAUAAUAAUGAAAAAGCGAAAUUUAUCAUUAAACAAAUGAAUAAAAUUUCAUAAUUUCUUUACAAAUAAUUUAUUUUAGCAUUUUUAUUUAUGUAUAAUAUUCUAUUAUAUUAUAUUUUUAUAAAAUCGAUCUAAUAUAACUUUGUAUUCAAACUGUUUAUGUUUAAAUAUUAUCUUGCCUUCUUUCAGAAACAUUACCUUUUAAUCUUUUGCUAAAAAAAAUCAAUUCAUUUAUUUAGAUAUUGUA